AUGACUCGGCUAACUUCAUUUGUAGGAAUCCUCACUUUUGCAUCGGUAUCUGCUUUCAGCCAGCAUUCAACCCCGAGAAAUCAACAAGCGAAACUUCAAGAUUCAGGAGAUGUCAAUGUUGUUGCGAAAGCCUUAGCGACUGCUGCCAUGACAGCUUUUUUGUGGGCUGCACCCAUGCCUCUGACGCACGAGUUGCAUGGAUCUUCAUAUAUCGCUAACGCCGUCGAAAAGGCGUCGGGAACUGGAAGCCGAGUGAAUAAGGAUGCAGACUCGCUUCUCAGAUUGGGUUUGCCGAUCAAGAAUAAGGAGGUCCGUGGACUUCAAGAGACUUUGGAAACAAUCAAGUACGAUAUUGGAUCGAAGAGAAAAUCUGCUGCUUUGGAUGGUGUGAAGAAGUCGAAAUCUUAUUUGACGGGAAAGACAGCUGAGAAAAUGAAAGCAUCGUGUCGUUCUCCUUCCGUGUGCGCUUCUCUCAUUACUGAAAUUGACUCUUUGCUUGAUCCUCUUCAAGCAUCAAUGAAGCAAAGUCAAGAUGCAUUCACAGGCAGUGAACAAGAGCGAACAGCACUAGACAAAGCAUAUGACGCACAACAAAAGGCAACCACGUUUUUGACGGAUUUGGAGGAACAAAUGAUCCCUGAAAACUACGAGACUCCUGUUCCCUCUGACUAUUCAGACUUGCCUCGGCUGACGAAGCGGGCAACCGUUGAGAUGGUUGUUAAAAAAGCCGAAGCCGGUGCACAAUUUGAUGUCAAUGGCGUGAAUUUCCCAGAAGCUAAAAUGACAAUGGUGAUUGAUGGUUAUACAGCUCCAAUCACAGGAGGCAACUUUGUAGAUUUGGUAAACAAGGGAUUUUACACCAAUAUGGCCAUUCAAAGAUCGGAUGGAUUCGUUGUGCAGACAGGUGAUCCAGAUGGUAAGGCCGUCGGCUAUGUUGGUACUCCUGGCAAAGCUAUUGGUGCUGGUCCAAAUGGAGAGAGACUGAUCCCUACUGAGAUUUUUGUGCGGGGAGAUAAAGGCCCAUUCUAUGAGUCGACCAUUGAGGAUGAAGGCCGUGGAGGUGAAGCUACCAUUCUUCCUUUCUCUGCAUAUGGUGCAAUGGGUUGGGCGAGAGAAGAAUAUGAUGUCAACUCUGGAAGCUCCCAAUUCUUCUGGUUGCUGUUUGACUCCGAUUUGACCCCAGCUGGAAAGAAUGUGCUCGACGGACGUUAUCCAUGCUUUGGAUAUGUGGUCGAAGGAUCUGACUUUCUAUCCGAUAUUAAGGAAGGCGAUGUCAUUGUAAGUGCAAAGGUGACAAAAGGGCUUGAAAACUUGGUGGAACCAAAGGCUUAG